GGCUGAGAUUCUGACGUCAGCAGUUAGUUAAUUUUAAACGGAGCAAGAUGGCGGAGAAUAGCGGGUUAGGUAGUCGGAAAGCUAUCUAUGCUGGGCUUAAGGAAAAUCACAUGGAUCGUGCAGGUAACUCUGGCUAUUCUGGCUUCCAGACUACGACUUUGCCUCAUUUGCAUGAAGGUGAGAACAAAGUUCAGCAUGCAUCUGUGAAUGGUGAUGAUGUACCUAUGAAAGAGGCAAGGCCUAUUCAGAUAGUUGUAGCUCAUGAAGAUGACCACAAUUUCGAGCUGGAUGAGGCAGCGCUAGAAAGUAUCCUCUUACAGGAGCACAUACGUGAUCUCAGUGUUGUAGUUGUGUCUGUGGCUGGAGCAUUCCGUAAGGGGAAAUCUUUUCUGCUGGACUUCAUGCUUCGUUAUAUGUACAACAGGAAUUCUGACCGUUGGCUUGGAGAAGAUGAUGAACCCCUAACUGGCUUUUCAUGGCGCGGAGGCUGUGAACGAGAAACAACUGGGAUACAGAUUUGGAGUGACGUUUUUCUACUUGAUAAACCUGAUGGAAGUCGGGUUGCAGUUCUGCUAAUGGACACUCAGGGGGCCUUUGACAGUCAGUCAACAAUAAAAGAUUGUGCUACUGUAUUUGCUCUGAGCACAAUGACAAGCUCAGUCCAGGUCUACAAUUUGUCUCAGAAUAUCCAAGAAGAUGAUCUUCAGCACUUACAGUUGUUUACAGAGUAUGGGCGUCUUGCCAUGGAGGAAAUAUACCAGAAGCCAUUUCAGACACUAAUGCUGCUAAUUAGAGAUUGGAGUUAUCCUUAUGAGCACAGUUAUGGCUUGGAAGGUGGAAAGCUGUUCCUUGAAAAGCGAUUACAGGUGACGCAAAACCAGCAUGAGGAGCUGCAGAAUGUAAGGAAGCACAUUCAUUCUUGUUUCUGUAAUCUUCAGUGUUUCUUGUUGCCUCACCCUGGUUUAAGAGUUGCAACAAAUCCCAGUUUUGAUGGAAGAAUAAAAGACAUUGACAGUGAUUUUAAAAAGGAGCUGCUUAACUUGGUUCCAUUACUACUGUCGCCUAAGAAUUUGGUAGAAAAAGAAAUUGGUGGCUCCAAAGUGACAUGCCGGGACCUUGUGGAGUACUUUAAGGCUUACAUAAAGAUCUACCAAGGAGAGGAUCUACCUCAUCCGAAGUCUAUGCUUCAGGCAACAGCUGAGGCCAACAAUCUUGCAGCAGUUGCAGGAGCAAAAGACAUUUACAGCAAGAGCAUGGAACAGGUCUGUGGAGGAGAUAAACCCUACAUUGCACCAUCAGACCUUGAGAGGAAGCACAAAGAGUUUAAAGAGGUAGCUGUUAAACAGUUCCGGUCUGUGAAAAAGAUGGGAGGAGAAGAGUUUUGUCGACGGUAUCAGGAGCAACUAGAGAGAGAAAUUGAUGAUACCUAUGCAAAUGUUGUAAAGCACAAUGAUGGCAAAAACAUUUUUUAUGCUGCUCGCACUCCUGCAACACUUUUUGCGGUUAUGUUUGCAAUGUAUAUAAUCUCUGGAGUGACUGGAUUCAUUGGACUGACUGCUAUUGCAAGCAUAUGUAAUCUUGUGAUGGGUAUAGCACUUGUAUCCCUCUGCACAUGGGCAUAUGUCAAGUACUCUGGUGAAUUUAGAGACAUUGGAGCAGCCAUCGACCAAAUAGCAGAAACAAUUUGGGAACAGAGGAGUCCACGGAAGGUGCUGAAACCCAUGAAAGAUAAUUUAAUGGAAGAUAAUGUCAGACAAAGUGUGAUAAACUCCAUAAAAGCAGGACUGACAGAACAAGUUGUGCAUCAUACCAAAUUAAAGGCAAACUGACAAUCCAUCUCACACUCCACUCUAGACUCAAUGUAGACAUGCUUACUAUGUAACGAGAGCUUGGUGAACCAAAGUUUACAAUCAGUGCUUACAGACUGACAGAACUGACUUCACUGGAUGGCUAGUACCAGGUCUGAGGAAAAGUGUGAUAGGGUUGUACAGAACAACAUCAAUGUGAUCUAGAAAUCUCAGAUGUAAUACUGCCUGUGGGAGCAAAGACUAAUGUAUCCAUCAGAUUGCUGAUGAAAGAAGUGUCAAUUCUGUGCUGUAAUUCAGUGCCCCAGGAAUGCAGGUCCUACAUGGGACAUUUCAGGGAAGUGCAAUUGUUUCUGUGUGAGCUGGUGUUACAUGAAACAUUGCUGACAAAACUGUAUAAAGUUUGUGUUCCAUUUUUGUCUUCUCAGCCGAAUUAGUCCAUAAACUUGCUGUAGCCUCAGAAACUGUGACAGUUAAAGUGGUAGUAGACCUUCAUUAUGCCAUCACUACAGUUUUUAAAUAAGUUUUAAUAUGAAUUUACUGCUUCUGUUUCAUGACUAUUACACAGCUGCAUGUGACUGGUUUGCACAACAGUAAACUGGCUAUUGAAAGGAGUAUGUUUUUGAGAGUGACUUGAUGAACAUUGCCUUGUUUUUCAUUUUUUUUAAAUUUACCGUCUUACCCUAAAAAUGCAUAUCAAAGAAAACCUAGCUGUAUUUUCCAACAAUUUAGCUUUUAUGUAAAUAAGAUACUGCUGCUUUCAUGGGGAGAGAUUCCAUUCAGUCAUGUUUCGUUUCCUACAUUUAUCAAUCAGCAUUGUCUGUACAGUGUGUUUUAGUUCUUUUCUAUGAGAUCCUAGCUACGGCAUGUAUAUGAAAUAUAAAUAUAUAAAUAAUUUUGUAUCAGCAUUUUGUAGUUUCUGAUAAAACGGUUCUGUAGUAGGCUGUAUGCAGUCUGUGUAAGGAAUGUUUGUGUUUCAUAUGACAAAUGUAGAAUGCACAAAUUAUUUUUUUGUUGUUUUUUUUUUCUUUUUUUCUUGGGACUGGGUGUUUUUAUUUUAUCUUUAUAUCCCUUGAUCAUUUAUCUCACUCCUUACAGAAAGAAACAGUGGACAUGGUAGUCAUGAAAAAUUAUUUUGUUGGAUUUUUUUAAAUUGUUUCUGUAAUUUAUUUUUUCAGUACAUUAUUAAAAUUAUAAUACUACAUAAUUCGGGCUGUGCUCAUUUUUUAACCAUACUUGAUAAUAAAUGGUUAAUCAAGAUGCACUGGAAGUUGACUUGACUGACUGGCUUGGCUUAAAAAUUGAAACAUGGAAACAUAAUCUGCAUUACCUAGUAAGGAGCAUAUUUUCUGGUCUGUUCUGGUUUGUGUGGUAGCUCACACAUGAAACGAGGUGAUCUUAUUUUCUGCCUUCAUGUACUUUUUUAUAAAAUAUGCAUUUCUAUGUAAACCUAAGAUUUAUUUUUUUAAAAAAGAAAUGCAGAUAUUUUAUGGAUGCUUUACUAAUUGGAUGUUUUCCUCGUGUUUUCAUUUAUGUUCAUUGUUGAAGCAAAACAUAGAUGUAAUAAGUGCAUGGAAAUCAUUCAUUGGAACAAUACUUGCUACAUACUGUUUGCAGGCAGAUUUUUUGCUGUUAAGUUAGUUUUCCAUGAAUAUUUUUAAAUGUUACUGUCUAAUUUAUUCACAGCAAAAUAUUUUGUUAAAAUAAACAGGGGGAUAUUACUUCUGAGUAUGAUGAAUGAAUUCAUUUGUUUGAUUUGAAUUCGUCACUGGUUGUGUCGAUGUAUCUUUCAUUGUGUAAAGAUGCAACUUGCCAUUUUAGCAUUUUAAUUCUCCAUCUGUUUGUAUUAGAAUGUUGGCAUAUGCAAAAUGUAUACAUAUGUUCUUGUUGACAGAAAAUGCUUUUUGUUAAUUAGCAUUACACCAACAUUUUACUACAUCACUGUACCAGUGUUUGUUUUCAUAAGGUAGUGAAUUGAUUCAUAUAAAAUAUGUAAGCUUGUAUGUAUCUAUCUACAUAAUAAACCGGAAAUUAUUGCAUUAAA